ACAAUUACAACACCAUUUUCCUCUCCCUCUUUAAUUUCUUUAUCUAUUCUCUCACGUCUCCAAAAUUUCUCCUCGACCUCUCGUCAGCAUCAAGCAAACUCAUCGAGCAAAUUAGCUUAAUUAGCUCAACAAAGUUUAAAUCUUUAGCUUAUCAAACAGAGCUACCUAGUUUAGCACUUAGCAGUACUGCUAUGGGGAGAGCACCUUGUUGUGACAAGAAUGGCCUCAAGAAAGGGCCAUGGACAACCGAGGAGGACCAGAAACUCAUUGAUUACAUUCAGAAACAUGGAUGUGGCAACUGGAGGACACUCCCACAGAAUGCUGGGUUGCAAAGAUGUGGAAAGAGUUGCCGUCUCCGGUGGACAAACUAUCUCCGACCAGAUAUAAAGCGAGGUCGGUUUUCAUUUGAAGAGGAGGAGACAAUAAUUCAGCUGCAUAGCAUUAUUGGCAACAAGUGGUCUGCGAUUGCAUCUCGCUUACCAGGAAGAACAGACAAUGAAAUCAAAAACUAUUGGAACACCCACAUUAGAAAAAGGCUUCUGAGGAUGGGAAUUGAUCCUGUGACACACAGUCCACGACUUAACCUAUUGGACCUAUCUUCCAUUCUAAGCUCAUCUCUCUAUGGUUCAUCACAAAUCAACAUCCAAAGGCUCCUUGGCAUGCAGUCUUUGGUGAAUCCAGAGCUUCUAAAGUUGGCUUCCUCACUCAUCUCCUCACAGCAAAAUGAUCAACAGAACCAACUCUGCAAUCCCCAAAUUCAGAAUCCAAUUCCACACUAUGCCCAAUUUCAUCAAGACCCACUUCAACAAACAGCAGGUUCCACAACAUUGAGUGACCCUUCCGCUUCAUUAAUGCCUCUAACGCAACCACAAUUAAUGGUUGAACCCAAUGCGGAGGAGCCAUAUCCUUCUAGUUUCACCGACUUUAGUUACCAACACCAUUUUCAGCCAAGUGAUUGGCACAAAAAUGGAAUUGAUUUAAGCACCUUAUUAACAGAUGACUAUAUCCCUCAGUUAUCAAGCUAUAAUAAUAAUUUUUAUGAUUCUGAUAAUCAAAAUCUCAUGUAUCCUCCAUUGUCCGAAACUUCAACCUUCCAUUCCAAUAACAGCAACCAGAACUUCGGCUUCACUUCAGUUCUAUCGACACCUUCGUCAAGCCCCACACCGUUGAAUUCGAACUCCGCGUAUAUCAAUGGGAGCAACAGUACUGAAGAUGAGAGAGAAAGCUAUGACAGUAGUAACAAACUGCAAUUUGAAAUCUCAGAUAUUUUAUAUGUGAAUGAGUUCGUGUAAUGUGAUUAGAUCGAUCAUCAACGAUCAAAUCAACCAAA